AAUUCCUUCUAUCGCCCGCCGCGCAUUCUGAAUUACUCAAUUCUCUCAAAAGGACGCCAGCACGACGUCCAAAAUCCUAUUCAGAGCGCUCUGGGUGCGCAGGUCGCCCUACAUAUUUUCUUUUAACUACCCGCGUGCCAGAAUGGCUACCAACGCAGCUUCCUACAAUCCGAUUGGUGAGGAAACCGGACCGGUAUCUGGAAAGCCUCCAGCUCUCUCUCCUGAAACCAAGGACGCCGUGAAAGAUGCUGCAAGCUCUAGCCCGACAGGUUCUCAUGUUCCAGGACAAGAUGCUGGUAGCAAAGUUGGCGCUGCUGAAGCCGGUGCAGGAGAGAAGAAGGUGAAGAGCGAGAAAGAGCUGGAACGUGAACGAAAGAAAGCCGAGAAACAGGCCAAGUUCGAUCAAAAGAAGGCCGCUCAGGCAAAUGCCGCCCCCACAGCAACUAGCAAGAGCAAAGAGAAGAAGGCCAAGGCUGAGAAGAAGGCUGAAGAAGAAGUUCUGCCGCCCUACGUUGAGGAGACUCCUUUCGGAGAGAAGAAGAUUUUGAAACCCAUCGACGAUCCCCAAUACAAAGCCUAUAACCCGACUGUCGUCGAAUCCGCAUGGUAUGCUUGGUGGGAGAAGGAGGGAUUCUUCAUCCCCAAGUUCAAAGAAGAUGGUAAGGUCAAAGAUGAAGGAUCUUUCGUAAUUGUUGAGCCACCGCCUAACGUCACCGGAAAUCUACACAUGGGUCAUGCCUUGGGAAAUGCCUUGAUUGACCUGAUGAUUCGGUACAAUCGUAUGCAUGGCAAGACCACCCUGUGGCUGCCGGGAUGCGACCACGCAGGUAUCUCAACCCAAAAUGUGGUAGAGAACAUGCUCUGGCGUCGCCAACAGAAGACUCGUCAUGACUUGGGACGGACCAAAUUCGUGGAGACUGUGUGGGACUGGAAGCAUGAGUACCAUCAAAAGAUCAACAAUGUCUUCCGAAGAACCGGCUGCUCCUUUGAUUGGACUCGAGAAGCUUUUACCAUGGACCAAAACUUUUCAGCUGCCGUUACAGAGACCUUUGUGAGGUUACAUGACGAAGGCACCAUCUACAGAGCAAAUAGACUUGUCAAUUGGUGCACCAAACUCAACACCGCUCUCUCAAACCUCGAAGUAGUGAAUAAAGAACUUCCUGGUCGAACUUUACUGGACGUGCCUGGUUAUGAUAAGAAAGUGGAAUUUGGUAUCAUUGUUCACUUCAAGUAUGAAAUUGAAGGCACGGACGAAAGGAUCGAGGUCGCAACUACGCGUCCAGAGACCAUGCUUGGAGAUACGGCUGUUGCAGUGCACCCUGAUGAUGAGCGCUACAAACAUCUCGUCGGCAAGAAUGCCAUCCAUCCUUUCAUACCCGGCCGACUGAUGCCGAUUGUCGCCGAUACCUACGUCGAGAAAGAAUUUGGUACUGGUGCUGUCAAGAUCACCCCUGCUCACGAUCCCAGCGAUUUUGCACUUGGUCAACGACACAAUCUCGAAUUCAUCAACAUCUUGACCGAUGAAGGGAUGAUGAACGAAAAUGCCGGUCCUUAUGUAGGCCAGAAGCGAUUCGAUGUCAGAUACACCAUUCAGGAGGACCUGAAAAAAGCUGGCUUGUACGUUGAUAAGAAGGAUAACGCCAUGACGGUCCCUCUUUGCGAAAAGUCAAAGGAUGUUAUCGAACCACUGAUGAAACCACAGUGGUGGAUGAAGAUGAAGGACAUGGCUGCUGCUGCUCUGGACGUUGUGAAGACCGGAGAGAUUAAGAUCUUGCCGGAAACUGCGGAGAGGAGUUACAUUCGAUGGAUGGAGGACGUCAAUGACUGGUGUCUUUCGAGGCAACUGUGGUGGGGUCAUCAGGCACCAAUGUAUUUCGCCCAGAUUUACGGCGAGGAGCACGACGAGGCUAAUGGCAAGCUGUGGUUUGCUGGUCGAACACAGGAAGAGGCUGAAGCGAAAGCUAGAAAAGCUCUUCCGGGAAAGAACUUUACUCUGAAGAGAGAUGAAGAUGUUCUUGACACAUGGUUUUCAUCUGGUCUCUGGCCAUUCGCUACCAUGGGUUGGCCAAAUCAGACGCACGACCUCGAAACCUUAUUUCCCACUUCCGUGCUGGAGACUGGAUGGGAUAUUCUCUUCUUCUGGAUCGCUCGUAUGGUCAUGUUCAGUCUGAAGCUGACUGGCAAGGUACCAUUUACCGAGGUUUACUGCCAUUCUCUCAUUCGAGACUCCGAAGGACGAAAGAUGUCGAAGUCCUUGGGCAAUGUUAUCGACCCCAUCGAUGUGAUUGAGGGCAUUGCAUUGCCGGAUCUUCACAAGAAGCUUGAGACGGGCAACCUGAACCCCAUUGAAGUCAAGCGAGCUACACAGUAUCAAAAGAGUGCAUUCCCAGACGGUAUUCCUCAAUGUGGCACGGAUGCGCUGCGUUUCGCACUAGUUUCAUACACCACUGGAGGCGGUGAUAUUGCAUUCGACAUCAAAGUCAUCCAUGGAUACCGGAAGUUCUGCAACAAGAUCUAUCAGGCUACAAAAUAUGUACUUGGUAAACUCGACAAGGAUUUCGUCCCCAAGAAGACGGCCAAGCUCACCGGCAAGGAGUCGCUAUCUGAACGAUGGAUUCUGCAUAAGAUGACUAUGGCAGCAAGAGAUAUCAACAAGGCCAUCACUGACCGCGAAUUCAUGCGUUCAACCACAAUCAUCUAUCAAUACUGGUACAACCAACUGUGCGAUGUAUAUAUCGAGAACUCGAAAGCCAUUAUCCAAGAUGGCACACCAGAAGAGAAGCAAUCUGCUGUUGAAACAUUAUACACAGCUCUCGAAGGUGCUUUAACAAUGAUUCACCCAUACAUGCCGUUCCUGACAGAAGAGCUCUGGCAACGCCUCCCUCGCCGAACAGACGACAGGACCCCAUCAAUCGUGCUCGCCAAGUAUCCUGUGUAUGACGCCUCAAUGGAUGACCCUACCUCUGAAGAAGCAUAUGAGCUCGUUCUCGGCAUCUCUAAAGGCAUCCGAUCACUGAUGGCAGAAUACUCACUCAAGGACGAAGGACAAGUGUUCAUUCAAACAUACGACGCGACUUCUCAUAGCACCGCAACGGCGCAAAUCCAAUCCAUUAAAUCUCUUUCCGGGAAAGGAGUCUCGUCGCUUUCCAUUCUCUCCUCGUCCGACUCUCGACCUCCUGGAUGCGUCGUAUUUUCUGUCUCCUCUGCCUGCGCAGUCUUCUUGCACGUCAAGGGCCGGGUAGACAUGGACGCUGAGAUUCAGAAGGCAUCCAAGAAGUUGGAGAAGACGAAGCAAGGAAUCGAGAGACAGAAGAAGAUUCUGGGUGAUGAAGGGUACAAGGAGAAGGUCAGCAAGGAGCUGCAGGAAGUUGAGAUAAACAAGUUGAAGGAUUUAGAGACGGAGAGGAGUGCAUUCGAAGAAACUAUUAAGCAGUUCGAGCAGCUGAAGAUGGAGUAGAAGAGGUGUUUACGUGGGAAGAGGAAAAGCGUGUUGCUGAUGUUUUGAUUCAUGUGCUACUUUACCGGAAAAGAGCUUCUGUGUAACUUGAUAGAUUCCAAUCCUUAAGAGAACAUACGCAUUUUCGUCAACAACUUGUAACAGAAAUCCUGCCGACUCGAGCACAGUACACCAGGAGCCCGAGCGGUCUAGCAUUAGAAAACUAU